AUGGCAGAGGGACCGGAACUGGACGUCGGGCAGCAGCACCUGCGGCUUUGGUCGGCCGUGGGGAAGCAUAGCCGCUCCUGUGAGCUGUUGCUGCUUGACCCCGUGGCUGCUGAGCUGCUGCGGUGGAGUGUGGGCACCGAGUUUCUUCUCACCACCACACAAGCCCAUGUUGUGGAACUUGGGGACUUCCCGCUCAAGAUGCCUUUGAAGUGGGCCUCUGCAUGUGUGGUCGUGACGAUCGAUGCGCAUCAGCAGCCCGUCUGCCGAAUGCCUUGCUCGCCCUCCGCCUCCAGCCUUGACAUUGAACACGCCAACGUGCUCCUCGUUGCGCCCCCGGGCAGCACAAGUGCUACGGGCCAGUUGGAUCAUGCCACUUUACAGGAACACCUCACAUUGCUUGGCGUCAACAUCAGCAGCCUCACAGUCGUCAACUUGAACAACAUUGUACCCGCUGCGGAACCGGUGCCGGGCAUUUUUACCCUCCCUGGCGCUGCAGCCUGUGCACCACAAGGGACUCUGACCCAGCUUGCCAAUCUGCUUCAUCUACUCCAAGCACGCGAACUUACCGCCCAUGCUGCCGGAGACGCUACUUGGCACCGUACUUGCGAUGAUUUUGUGCGCUCCUUCACCCCUCAGGCCCAUGCUCGCCACAAGAUCGCCGUCCUCCUGCUCGAUCGCGCGCUCGAUAUGGCCACGGCCUUGAUGAGUGUUGCUUCGCUCGGCGACAACUUGGCCACUCACAUGUUGCCAGCUUCCAUGUGUAGCUCGGAUCGCGUGGUACGCCAUCAGGGUGCUCAACGGCGUGCCGAAGUCCCCACACCAAGUCGCGCGAAACUCAUGUCCACCCUGCCUCACACACUAUCAUGGGCCCUUUACCAUAGUACCAAGCCGAUGCAGCACCUGCUGCUGCUCGACUUUCUGCUCUCGAUGGACCUAGCCUGGAAGCACUUUGUCUUGCCAGCAACGCUGUAUGUCUCCAAAUGA